ACAAGUUGGUGUCUUAGACUUGUAUUAAAGCCCCGAUAGUUGUUCCAACAAAAUUCAUAUUUUCUUCUGUGGUAACACAUUGGUUGCUAUUCAUUUCAGCAUUUGCACAAAGCAAGACUUUUGAAUCAUAUUGUUCGGGGUUGAAAUCGUUUUCGAGGAAGGACAAAAAUGGCGUCUCUAGCUGUGGGGUCUCUUUGCAAGCCAACUUCGCUUUUGGUUUCUGGAGUCGUGAAGUCCUCAUCUUCCAUUGCCACAGGAACACAAGCUUCAAAGUUUCCUCGGAUGUCGAAUUUUGACGCAAACGAGUCCUUGACAUUUCAACGAAGGAAUUCUAAUAAUCACACGGAUCAGAGCUUCUAUGAGCGAUUCACGCCUCUCCAAACGAACAAACAAAAGUUUGAACUCAAUGCAGCAUCCGCUAACAAUCAUCAGUUUGAUGCAACUCAUGAUUUGCUAAAUCCCAUGGAAAAAACUAUCCGUUUCGUGGAUGCUUUGUAUAGAUUUAUACGACCGUAUGCAGCAGUUGGAACGGUCUUAAGUGUUGGGGCCAUGUCACUUCUUACUGUCCAGAAAUUGUCAGAUUUCACCCCAUUGUUCUUCCUAAAAAUGAUGCAGGCUCUUGUUGGAGGCAUGUUUAUGCAAAUGUAUGUCUGUGGAUUCAACCAAAUAUGCGAUAUAGAACUCGACAAGGUUAACAAGCCAUCUCUCCCAUUAGCUGCAGGGGAACUAUCUAUGACAACUGCUAUCACAGUGUCUGCAUUAUCAGCAGUCAUGAGUUUUGCGACUGCAUGGCUUGUUGGUUCUCCCGCGUUGUUUUGGGGUUUCGUCGGGUGGUUCGUGGUUGGGACUGCAUAUUCGGCCAAUGUGCUCCCCUAUUUGAGAUGGAAGAGGUUUCCUUUCACAGCAGCUUUUUACAUGCUAUGUGCUAGAGCACUGAUUGUUCCUAUUGGAUAUUACAUGCAUAUGCAGACUUCUAUCAAUGGAGGAGCAAGUCUACUUUCAAGGCCAAUAUUAUUUGCAGUAGGAAUGCUUAGUGCCUUCUCAGUCUCAACAAUAUUCUUCAAGGACAUCCCGGAUAUUGAGGGAGACCGAAUGCAUGGAAUUAAGUCCCUGGCUAUAAAAUUGGGCGAAAAACGGAUGUACUGGAUAUGCAUUUGGAUUCUUGAAAUUGCUUAUGUUGCUGCUGCUUUGGUGGGUGCAACUUCACCCAUCGCUUGGAGCAAAUAUGUAACGGUUAUUAGUCAUCUCGCGAUGGGAGCGCUGCUUUGGAUACGUGCCAAAUCAGUAGAUUUGAAAAACAUGGAAGCCGUUCAAUCCAUGUAUAUGUUUCUUUGGCAGCUCUUCUAUGCUGAAUAUGGCCUUAUCUCACUUGUUCGAUGAGCUACCAGUCUUCUAAUGAAGAACAUAUCCCCUCGCCAUCCAAUAAAGUAAAUCUUCACGACGACCUAGCUAUGAAAUUCCCGAUCCAUCCUUCAAGAUAUAACAUCACCCUAUGUAACAUCUCGAUUUUUUAUGUAAAAUAUAUGGAAUAAUUUAAUUCAUAUUAUAAUAAUCUUUUAUUCACGACGUA